AUGGUGAAAUUCAUCAACACGAAUAUCGACCGUAUCCGAAAGAAGAGAAAGGAUACAGUGCGUGCCUGUGAGAAAUGUCGAACAAGAAAGAAACGCUGCAGUCAUCGCACUCAGAGUGCUACUAUUCAUGAACAAACUCCAGCGCGUUCGGAUACACGAACAGAAAAUGUGUUGAACUCUAUCACCACAAGUCUUUUAAUGCCGAAUGGGACCGGUAACAUUGCUGGCCAGAAACAAGACGAGCAAAAUGUUCCUCAAAGUGGCACCUUCACUGUCGAAAUAUUAACAGACCUACAAGAAACGGAAGCCAAUAAAACUAGCAUACAGCCCCUGGAAUCCCGGUUCAUUGGGUACCUGAACCCCGAAGGAAUCGUUCGUGGUACCGACCUCGAAUGUCCUCGCGACGGCGUCUCAUCAGCAGGCAAAGUCGGGGUGUGGCAUUCCGAAAGGCACGACGAAUCGAGGCGAAAAAUUACCGGAUUUAGAAUGCCAUCUCCGUCGAGCUUGUUUGACGACUUCCCAGCUGUCUCCCAAAAGACCAUCGUGUCGAUUCUGAAAGAGGAGUGUUUAUCAUGUCUUCCUAUUCCAGAAUGUCGAGAAGCGCUGCGGAAUAUCUAUUUUCAGAAAAUCCAUCCUAUAUUCCCUGUCAUAAACAAAGAUGUCUUCCGCAGACUUGCACCUGGCAGCCCAGCGAGUAUCCUUCUCGAACAGGGAAUCUGUCUGGCAGCGUCAACGGAUUCAAACUCAACACCCUACCUUGUCAUGACGCCCAACAGCACCCCUCUCUCAUUAAAACAGUUCGGCAGCCGAAUAUUCUCAGCGAUGAGAAUCACGAUCGAAAUCGGCCUAGUAGUCGACAACCUCAUCCUCAUUCAAGCCCUCACACUAAUGUCUCUGUUCGCCAAUGGCCGCAAAAGCAGCCAAACUUCCUCACUUAUGCUUGGCCAGGCAGUCCAAUACAUCCACUCCCUCGGUCUACACAUGCAGGAGCGAGACGGAGAACCAGAUCGCGACUACGCUGAGACUUUGUUUUGUUGUGUCUGGACUAUUGAUCGAUUGAAUGCUGCUCUUCACGGACGACCUGUUCUGAUGCAUGAACGAGAUGUUGGGAGGUCGUUGCAGAAAUGUUUUGACACGCAGUCUCCGCCAUUUAGACUGCUUUUGAGUGUUGUUGGUUUACUAGAUCGGGUUAUCAAGCUUUACUAUCCGCUACGGGCUGAGAUGGAGUUGGUGGGCGAUUUUCCGCUUUUUGAGGACUUGAUUAAUGCAUGUAACGCGUGUCAAGUUUCGAAGGGAUUGUUGACAACAAUCGAAAUUCUCUACUAUGCUAUUGCAAUUCUAUCCCACCGAACCAAACCGGGCGAGAGCAACAGUACUCCCGGCUCCUUCGCAUCGAGAACUCGCCAAAUCCACGCAGCCGAACGAAUAACGGCGAUAGUAUCCCAUGAACCACACGAACAAUUAUCAUUAUUCCCAUUCAUCCCCUACGCUGUGUCGUUGUCUUUGAGCGUCGCCUAUCGAGAAAUGAGACGAAGCAAGGUUCCUAUGUACCGCAGCAGAGCACAAAAUGCUAUGGAGGCAAAUUGCCAUCUGCUGGGAAGUCUCGGGCAGAUUUUCUGGUCGGCGGAGGCAAUGGCGGAGUUUGGUAAUAUGACUUUGAAGGAAUUGAGUCGAGUUUAUUCAAAUAUCACAGAUACAGAGGUGCGCAAUUCUCAACGGGAGGUAUUUGAGACUUGGUCGACUACGGAUUCAAUACAAGAUAUCCAUUUGGCGUCUAGAUUGAGCAAUCCAGAUGCUUACGAACAAAAUCUAGCGUCGCUACCCAAUGAGCAUAAUCCCUUCGACUUCACCGAAGUGCCGAAUCUGGACCCGUUUCAGAUGUUUGAUCCUCGGUUUAAUCUGGAUAGCGUGGAUGCAUAUCUAGAUGGGUAUCUUGAUCUUGGUUUCCAGGUGCAUCGUGGCUAG